CUGACUGAUCCCCUCCCUCCAGCCUCCGUUGAAUUAUUUCAACGUCAACCAAAUGGCGGUCACCAGUGCACUGACUCGGUUGACUCGGCAUACGCAGUGCUGGAGGCAGGCAACCCGUGCCUACCUUUGCACGUCGGCAUUUUACCCGGACAUUCUCAAAUAUCCUGUUCCACGACGUCGGACACCUUCGUACGUCUUUCGACUGCCUCGAAAAAUGAAUGGAAUGCCCGGUACAUGCACUCGCCCGAUGUCCUCACAAGCUCCAAAAAUCCCUGCAUCUCGCGCAGAAGUUCAGACAUUACCGACGCCGCAGGAACUAGAAGAUGCUGAAAUGGAGGCUGAUAUAAUACCCGAAGAUCAAGUGCAGCUCAUGCUCACGGAUCGUGCUGCGCAGCAAUUAAGAUUAAUUUCCUCUCGGGAAGGGAAUUCACAGGCGGCUGUUCGCAUUUCCGUCGACUCGGGAGGGUGUCACGGAUUUCAGUAUAAAAUUGAACUUGCAACUCAACGCGACCCUGGAGAUUAUCAUUUAGUCCAUCCCAGCAUUCAACCUUCCAACGUGUACAUCGACCCAAUAUCCCUUUCUAUGAUCAAUGGUUCGACCGUUGACUUUGCUACGGAACUCAUAGGUAGCUCCUUUCGAGUAGUUGAUAACCCUCGUGCAAAGGGCGGGUGUGGGUGCGGGGUAAGCUGGGAGAUGAAAUAGUCGUCGGUGGAGUUCUGUAUCAAAUCCACUUGGUCGUGGAGCGCACCGUGCUACUACCCUAGUUCAAAUUCGUAAGUAAUCGAUUUGAAUCACUGUUUGUAAUUUGAGUUUGUAAUGUUUGUCGCAUACAGCUACCCAUGUCAUAUAGUCGUUGGUACGUUUCUUAAUCCCACACUACCAGCGUAGUAGUGUCGCAGACCAACGGUGUGCGAAACCGCUGGGGUGUUUGGCACACGGUAGAGCCUAACUCCAGUCUUGUUCUCAAUUAUUAAUUGUC